AUGCUGAUCUGGUUGACCGUCUGCGCGACGCUGGCGCCUCUGGCGGCGGGCGCGCUCGAGUGCCCGCCCGGGUACGAGGACAAGGGCCUGGGCGACAAUCGCUGCUACAUGUUUGCACCAGACAACUUGACCUGGACGAUGGCGUACAUCAAAUGCCUGACGAGUGCCGACGGCGGCAGCCUGCUUUCGAUUCCCGCCGCCAACAGCUUCUACCCGAUGUCUUUCUUUGUGGGCGGGGGUGGCGUGGACUCGUGGACGGGGUUGCUGAACCUGCCUGGCGGCCGCUCCUGGGCCGACGGCGCAACCUACAGCGACACGCUGGACGCGUUCUUCGCAGCUGAGCCCGACAGCGGCCUGUACGGCUACAUCGCGGCGUCCGACGGCCUGCUCCACCUGGACGACGGCGAUGAGCGGCGUGGAUACGUGUGCUACGUGGACCUAACGCCGCCGCCCACCUCACCCACCACGACAGUGAGAACGACCACACCAACCACGCCGGCGCCGGAGGCCUGUCCGCCCAGGUGGGUACAGUACGCCGACACGUGCUACUUGUUCAGCGCCGAGGAGGACUACUGGCCGGCGGCAGCGCACGCGUGCCACGAGCAGGGCAGCGAGCUCGUCUCCAUCCACGACUCGGGCCUGGUCACCUUCCUGCUCCUCAUGGCUAACGAGCACGUCUACUGGAUAGGCCUGGAGAACGAGGGCGACGUGUUCGUGUGGGAGGACGGCACCUCCACCGACGACGUCGGCACCUUGCUCGGCCCGUACAUGGAUGACUGGAGCGUGGGCGCCGACUGCCUGGCCAUCAACGCCACUGCCUUCCCCAUCGUGUUCACCCACAUGAGUUGCUUUUCCAAGCAGAAGUACAUCUGCGCCCAAGAGGCCGUCGGUCCCAGCUACUACCCGCUGUGGUAG